CCCUGCGGGGAAAAACCGACUACGGGCUCAUGGUGUUCGCUGACAAGGUCGGUUUGGGGUGAAUUUGGGGGAUUUUGGGUCACUUUGGGUCACUUUGGGAGGUUUUGGGUCAUUUUGGGGGGUUUUGGGUCACUCUGGGGCGGCGCAGUGCGUGGGGAGAGCCCUGCGGGGAAAAACCGACUACGGGCUCAUGGUGUUCGCUGACAAGCGUUUUGCCCGUCUGGACAAGCGCUCCAAGCUGCCGCGCUGGCUGCAGGAGCGGCUGCCCGAGGCGCACCUGAACCUGACCGUGGACGAGGCCGUGCAGGCGGCCAAGCGCUUCCUGCGCCAGAUGGCCCAGCCCUUCCGCCAGGAGGAGCAGCUGGGGCUGUCGCUGCUGACCUGGGAGCAGCUCCAGGCCGGGGAGGCGCAGCAGCGGAUCCAGGAGAUCCCCCAGCACAGCUGAGACCCCCGGGAUCCACCGGG